AUCUAGUUUUUUAAUCAUACUUGACAUUCAAAACUCAGCGAAGAAGCAUCCAUGCUUCUUCUUCUCUCUCCUCUCUGCAAUCUCUAGUGUCGUUUUGUAUUUACCUUGAGAUCUUCACCAUUUUAUGAGAAGGUGCCUCUCACUUUCUCACUUUUACACUAGUCUAUAAUAUAAUCAAGCUGGGUGGCUCCACCGACUGCAUUCAAUUUAAACGCCUGCAGCUUUUAAUCAAUGCGCUCUGAUCGCACUCAUUAAUCAAUUUCCGCCUCCCAAUUUCUCUCAAUUUCAGCCUUUUUUCGCAAUGGAUAGGCGAUUGAUCAAGCCGAUUAGGGCGCCGUUGCUGCUGAAGGAUCAUCUGCUCGAUGACAUGAGCUCGUGCUCAUCCAACGGCUUCAAAUCGUUCCCCCGCCGCCAAUGCUGCACCGCCGUCCGAUUACUCGAUGCCAGAAACAACACGCGCAAACCGCCCUCUCUCUCGGCUCUCCAGAGCGUGAUCGCCGCAGUGAAACGCCUCCAAUUCGGCGCCGCGAAGGAGAAGAAGAAGAAGAAGAAGAAGAAGGUGAAAUCGAAUCUCGACUAUUUUUUGCCUCGGAGUUUCUCCAAGAGGCUUUUCAGAAGAGGCAGUUUCUGGAGGAGGCAGGCCGAGCCGAAGGAGAUCCAGCGGUGGAAAUCGUUCGAUGAGCUGAUGAAGGAGGACGACGUCCAGCCGCCGUCGGAUCGCUCCAACAGCUCGAUCACGACGACGGGUGAUAGUAGCGAUUUCACUGUGACAGAAGACGGUAACUCUUCUUCAGAAGUAACUUUAAAUUUACCACCUAAGCACCAAAACGGCGUCGUGGUGGGAGCAGAGUCAACUACCUGCAGCGGUGAAAGCUCAGAUACCAAUUCUUCCACACAAACAAAGAAGCAAUGGACAAGUGAUCAAGAGAAGGACCAGUUUAGUCCAGUUUCUGUACUGGACUGUCCAUUUGACGAAGAAGAUGAAGUCUCUUCGCCUUUCCAACAUAGACUCGCUCUUAUGGAAGGAACUAGGAAGAAACUUCUCAAGAAGAUUCAGAGAUUCGAGUGCCUAGCAAAGCUCGAGCCAGUGAACCUAACUACACGAUUUGCGUCACAAACAGAAUCAGAUAAUGAAUCCUCGAGUUCCCCUCUCCGACAUUCCUCCACCUCCUUGGACGAAGAAGAAGAGGAAGACAUAGAAGAAGAGGACAAGGCAAUAGAAUUGCUUGGUCAAGUGAAAGCCAUCAUGCCAUCUUAUGGCCUCAAAAUCAAGGCAGAUAAGUUGAUGCUAGAUUUUUUUAGAGAAAAACUUGGAUGUGAAUCCUUACUUCAUGAUGCGUUAGUAGAGAUAGCUCGAGAUUGGAUGAACGGGCACGACCCCCUCGGGUUGUUCAUGGAAUGGGAGGUGGAGAAGAACAGACCAGCUUAUCUUGAAAAUAUGGAAAAUGUUGGAGAAUGGAAAAGACAGGAUCAAGAAAAUGGGGAGGUGGUUUCUGAGUUGGAAAUUGAGUUAUAUGAUGCCCUAUUGAACGAGGUGUUGUUAGACAUCAUAAAUUAGAAAUCAGAUAAACCUAAGCUAGAAAUGAAAUUAUGUGGCUUCUUUCUCAUGUUCCUUUGUAGGAGGAAAACAUAGUGGGUUUGAGAAUUUUUGUUUGAUGUUUGGAGAGAGAGAACUAGGGAGAAGUAAUACUUUCUCCAUAUUUUUUUUCUCAGGCCAUGACUAUAAUGACUAGUUUUUCAACCUCUUGUUGACAGGAAAUUUAGUAAGUUAAUUACACGUUUAUUUCUUUA